UUUAGCACCUGCAAACAAUUUCUUCGAGAUUCAAUCCAACAAUAUUGUAUACACGUAUAUAAUUAAUUACUAAGAUAUAAUUAUGGAGGGCUUAGAUGCUUUGUAUGCUGCUGCCAUUGCCGGAGAUGCUGAUGCCAAGGCGAAAUUGGAGAUGGAAGCUGAUAUCCUCAACUAUGAGGAGGAAACGAUCCUCCACAUUGAAUCACGAAAGGGGAAUGCAGACCGGGUGCGAUUCAUUUUGAGUGAGUUUGCAAACAAAAAUCUUGUGGACAAGCUUACUAUAUAUGAACAUACUGCACUUCACUGGGCAAUAUAUCGCGGACAUACCGAAGUGGCGGAGAUCAUCAUUGAUGCAGCUAGACAACAGUUGCCGGAAACUUCCUUUCAAGAGUUUCUUAGGCAAGGUGAUAAAGAUAAUGACACCGCGUUACAUGCAGCAGUCAUGGAAAGAAAUGUAGCUGUUGUGAAGCUAUUAGUCGAGGCCGACCCGACUGAUCCACACUCACAAAACGACGAUGGUAAAACACCAAUGUAUAUAGCUGUGGAAGAAGAGUUGGAGGAUAUAGUGAAGAUCAUCUCUACAACUUGUACAAAUCCAUCUUUGGACGGACCUGAUGGUAGUAUCGUUAUGCCUGUCAAAAAUAUCGACCAAGUUGACAGCCGUGGUGGAACACUCUAUAAAAUAAUGGAUACAGAUGCUUUGUAUGAUGCUGCAAUUUCCGGAGAUGCUGAUGUCAUUGCUAUGUUGGAGAUGAAAGCUGAUAUACUCAACGAAUAUGGCGAAAACAUCCUUCACAUUGAAUCGGAGUCCGGAAAUACAGAACAUGUGCAAUUUAUUUUGUCGAAAUCCGAAAACAAAGAUCUUCUGGUCAAGCAGAAUAGAUUCGGACAAACUGCACUUCAUUUGGCUGUAGGUAACGGACAUACUCAAGUGGCUGCGCUCAUCAUUGAAGCAGCUAGACGACAGUUUCCGGGAACUUCCUUUCAAGAUUUUCUUAGGCAAGGUGAUCAAGAUAUGGACACCGCCUUACAUUGCGCCGUCAUGGAAGGGAAUGUAGAUAUUGUGAAGCUAUUAGUAGAGGCCGACCCUACUGAUACCCAUACACAAAACAAAAUGGGUAGAACACCCAUGUACAUGGCUGUGGAAGAAGAGUACGAUGAAAUAGUCGAGUUAAUCUCUACAACUUGCACAGCUCCUUCUCCGGAUGGACCUGAUGGUAGUAUUGUUGUGCGUGUUAACAAUCUUGAUGACCAAGUUAAGAAGCUUGGGGGAACACACUAUAUAAUUAUGGAUAGAGAUGCUUUAUUUGACGCUGCUAUUGUCGGGGAUGGUGAUGCCAUUGCUAAAUUGGAGAUGGAAGCUGAUAAGCUGGACAGAUAUGAUAGAACUAUCCUUCAUAUUGAAUCCAUGAAUGGAAAUACGGAACAUGUGCGAUUCAUUCUAAGGGAGUUUGCAGACAAAAAUCUUCUGAUUAAGCUGGGUAAUCAACAAGAAAAUGCACUUGCAUUGGCUGCCUAUUUUGGACACACUGAAGUGGUGGAGCUCCUCAUUGAAGCAGCUAGAGACUUGCCUCCUGAUCCAAUAACUUCUGUUCAAGCUUAUCUUAGGCAUACUGAUCAAGAUUCGGAGACUGCCCUACAUGCAGCAAUUAAGGGAGGUAGUGUGGAUGCUGUGAAGCUAUUAGUAGAGGCCGACCCUACUGAUACGCAUAUUCAAAACAAACUAGGUGAAACCCCAAUGUACAUGGCUGUGGAAAACGGGUACAACGAUAUUGUAGAGUUAAUUUCUAAAACUUGCGAGGCCUGUUCUCUGGACGGACCUGAUGAUUCUACUGCUUUGCAUGCUGCUGUUAAGAGUGACGACAGUAGCAUUGAAGUGGUUAAGGUCCUAAUUGAUGCAGCUAGACGUUUGACUUCUAUUCAAGCUUUUCUCAGGCGAGUUGAUGAAGAUGGGAACACUGCCUUGCACAUAGCAGUAAUACAACGUAAAUUGGAUAUAGCUAAACUAUUAGUAGAGGCCGAUCCAAGUUUUGAGGGUACCCCAAACAACAAAGGUCAAACACCGUUCUACAUAGCUGUCGAAAAAGGUCACGCCGAUACAGCGAAGAUGCUCUGCACAACUUGCACAACUCGACAUUUUUUGGUUGGCCCUGGUGGUAAUUUGACUGCUUUGCAUGCUGUUGUCAAGAAUCUUGACGAAGCGAAUAACGAUGUCAAAGAUGUGAUUGAAAUGAUCAUUGAUCAAAUCAAAAAGCACAACACAAAUGUUCUUCCUGAUGAAAUAUUUUAUGAAACUGACGAGGAUGGAUAUACUGUGUUAGAAGUGGCGGUGGAGCUAAACCAAAUGGCAGUGGUUACUUUGCUAUUAGAUUUACAACAUCCGGCGGCCUCAAAGAGAAAGGACGGUGCUUUUAUCAGUCUCAUGCCUGUAAUAUAUAAAGCCCAGGAGAAGGGUUACAAGAAUAUUGUCGACUUACUCACCCAAAGGUACAACGAUGGAUCUAAAUUGUCUAAAGACUUCAAAGAUCAAGUCAGUUUGAUAUCAGCUAUUAAAAGUGGCGAAACAGUCACCGUCGUCAGCCUCCUAUUAUGGGAUGCAGGCCGUGGUGCCCAGCGUCUUGCGACCUUUGUUGACAAGCUUGGUUGGACAGCCCUUCAUCAUGCAGUAUAUCAUGAAUCUAUUCCAAUAAUUAAACACAUAGCAGGAGCUCAAAAAGGGAUUAAACCUAAAUCUGAGUACAAAGAUAAGGUACCUACACCGUUUCAUGUAGCUGUCCAAAAAGGGCUGACUUCUAUAGUGAUACUUCUUAUGCAAUUAUGGCCAUCUUCCUCUUCAACAUAUACUGCUGUUGAUAAAAAAGGACAAAAUAUACUACAUUUGGCGGCAUUGCAGAGUAAAAAAGAUAUGAUAGAAGGUAUUCUUAAAAAUUGCCCAGGAGAGCAUAAGAAAGAGUUUGUGAACAAGCAAAAUAACAAUGGCUAUACAGCUCUUCACCUGCUUAUCCAACGUGGUUGCUUGGUUCCAGAACUUUUAAAAUACCAAGGACUUGAUACAAGUGUGAAAAACAAUGACAACUGGACUCCUUGGGACAUGUUGUAUGUCCGGGAGGAGAUUUUUGGGGACCAGGUGAAAAUCAAAAAAACCCUUGAUUAUAUCCAAAUUGAUGGUAAAAAGGAUAUUUUUGCAAGUUCAGUGUUCACAACUAGUGAACGAGAAAAAAAAGAUGUGAUAUUUAGGGAAGAAGCACAACAAAUGAUUGAUGGAAUGCUUGCACUGAUGAAAGAAAAUACUGGAGCUGUUGCCAAGUGUUAUGCCGAUGCCAUUGGCGGAGAUCCUAUAUCUAGAGCUGCAUUGGAGAUGGAAGCCGAUACACCCAACAAAGCGGGAGAAACUAUCCUUCACGUUGAAUCAAAAAAAGGAGCUAUAGAAAACGUUCAGUUCAUCUUGAGUGCGUUUGCAAACAAAAACCUUUUGGUCAGGCUCGAUAAUCGAAAACAAACUGCACUUUACCUUGCAGCACAUCAUGGACACAUUAAAGUCGUUGUGGCUCUCCUUAGUGCAGCCAAACGUAAUUUGCCUCCUUCGUCAGCAAAUUAUAUUUAUAACACCGCAUUACACUUGGCAGUCCUUAAUAAUGACGUGGCUACUGUUAAGCUCUUAGUGGAGGCCGAUCCAAAUUAUAGCCAUGUUCAGAACAAUGAAGGCAGAACUCCAAUCUACAUAGCUGCGGAAAAUGGGUUCAAAAAUGUGGUGAAAGAGAUCUGCAAGACUUGCACAGCUUUGUCUUUCUAUGGCCCGGCUGGUUGUACGACUGCUUUGCAUGCUCUUAUUCAAAAUCUCAAACAAGGGAAAGAAGAAGACAGAGAAGUGUUAAUGAUAACGCUUCAAGCAGCCAAACGUUGGAGUUCAGCGGAGGAAGCACUAGAUGCAGAUUUUAAAACAUUAUUUCAGAGAAGUGAUGAGUUGGGACGCACUCCGUUAGAAUUGGCAAUGUCCCACAAUCACGUGGACGCUGUUGAACUGAUAUUACUUGAAGAUCCGGCCUAUCAAGAUGGCCGUGGAAGUAGAAAUCAGGGUCUUUUGGGUUUAAUCUGCCAAGCCAUCGAGAAUAAAUACAAAGAGAAAAUUGUCGAAUUACUGUGUGAAACUUUCGAAACUGGGAUCGACCCUAAUCUUAAAGGCGUGCUAGGUUUGAUUAUUGCUAUUCAAAGACGCGAUGCAGGUCCUAUACUCAAACUCUUGGAAGGAGAAGGUAAUAAAGAUUUCCUAAAUUUUGUGGACUCUGAAGGAUGGACCCCGCUUCAUCAUGCUGCAUUUCACGAAUUUGAUUCUAUACUCAAUGUGAUGAUGGAAGCUCAAGAGAAAGUAGGAUAUCAAGUUGUAUGUAAAGAGGGGGUAGCAACACCAUUUCAUGUAGCAGCAAGAUGUGGACAUACUUCUACUGUUAUUCGACUUCUGCAGUUAUGGCCGAAUGAAAAAGGUCAAAAUAUUAUGCAAGCUGCGCCCUCUCCGUACACAGCAGUCGACGAGAAUGGUCAAAACAUAUUACACUUGGCGGCUCUUAAGAAUAAAAAGGAGAUGGUGAAUGGUAUUUUAAGAUGUUGUCCACCGAAGCAGAAGGACCAUCUUUUAUUCAAAAAAGAUGGUGAGGGCAAUACACCUCUUCAUUUACUUGUCUCUGAAGGAUGCUUCAUUCAGGAUCUCAUCAAUUAUAUAGCAGGUGAUACGCCCAACAACGGUGGUUGGACUCCCACAGACAUGUUAUAUAUUCGACAUGACAUUGUUGGUGAUCAGGUACAAAUAAAAAUGGCACUGGACGAUAUGAUCAACACCGACCAGUCUAGGAAAUUUUGGUCUAGUAGCAGAAAGAAAAGUACUUGUUCAAGUUUAGCAGUACUCCCUAGUAGACGAGAGAAAAAAGAUAUCCUAUUUAAUAUAGGCCAAAACGUGUUGAUGGAAAAAAAGAAUACAAAGAUGCAAGAAGAUCUGCAAAGAUAUAGAGAGGGGACCAACAGCCAGAUCGUAGUUAGUGCACUGAUAACUACAAUAACUUUUACGGUAGGAUUCACCAUACCUGGCGGUCUUCAUCAAAGUGGAGAAAGUAAUCAAGGAUUGGCGGUUCUUUCAAAGAAGGCAGCUUUUAAAGUAUUUAUGAUAGUCGAUGCCUUUGCUUUGCUAUUGUCCAUCUGUUCUUUGUUCAUCUACUUUCUUGAAAAUAUGUCAGAAGAUCUCAAGCAAGUGACCAGACUUCAUGCAAUGACAGUUGGGCUAAACAUUGCUUCUGUUAUGUUGACGAUGUUUGUUUUUAUGACAGGAACGUAUGUUGUGUUAUCCGAGUCAUUAUCCCUGAGCAUUACCAUUUGCGUCAUCGGUUCCCUCUUCUUUAUUUUUGUCAUUUUCCAACUGCUGAAGAUGGCAUAUAAAUGGCGAGUACGGAAGAAUGACGAUUACAAGAAAGAAGCUUGAGUAUCUAUUUUGCUAUUUUCAGUUAUUUUAUGUACCCAUGAUGAUAUAUGGAACCAUGACUCCAUUAAAGAGGAUUGAAAAUUGUAGAAGCUGUCAAGGCACUUGUUUAUUAAUUAAUAGUAAACUACAAUGUUGUCA